AUCCAUCAGUCCAUUCCAGUUUACUCCCACUCAUAUUCACGAGACCAAGAUGUCCUUGCAAAACAUCCUCGUCGACGCCGUCAAGUCCCACUUCGACAAGGACGACGACAAAGACGACCUGAAGCCAGCUCUCUCCCAUGCCUCCGCCAACGCUUCCUCCGAAGACUCCAAUCUCUUCUCACAAGCUCUUUCCUUUAUCAACCAGCGUAAGUCUGAAGGUGUCCAAGAUGACAUCGACGAGGAGCAGGCUGUGAACGCCCAUCGACGCUACGAGCAAGGCGGAAACAUGGACUCAAAGGACUUUGGUGCUGGCGCGGCGUUGCAGGCGCUGAAGAUGUUCAAUUCAAGCUCAGGCCAGGAGACAGGUGGUGGAAAGGAUAAGAAUGCGUUCAUUGGGAUGGCCAUGGCGCAAGCCGCGAAGAUGUGGGAAGAGAAGGCUGGAAAAGGGGAGGCUAGCGGAGACAAGCAGUCCGCUAUUAACCAGGCGGCGGAAAUGGCGUUCAAGAUGUACUUGAAAAGUCAGAUGAGUGGAAGUGAGGGCACUGGUGGUCCCGGCGGGCUCAUGAGCCUUGCUAGCAAGUUCUUGAAAUGAGCUGGCUAGAGUUGCAGAACGAUCUGCUGGCAUUGUUCGGAACCCGGUAUGUGAUUGGGAGUUGCUGCAAUCUAUAGUUCAUUGCGCUAGCUUUUAGUGUUUUUACAUACGAAGUCAAUUCGUAAAUGAACGAGAAGUGCGAUUAGUGAC